UUCUUCGAAGAAAACGGCUCGGACUUCACAAUCGUGAACGCGAAAGGAGAAGGCUUGUUGCAUGCGUGUGCCAAAGGGGGGGAGUCUCCUGCUCGGACAUACGGUGCGGAUAGGAUUAGCCAAUGGUUGAUGGAGGUUCAAGACUUGGAUCCCCUGGCGGAGGAUAUAGAGAGUAGGAGCGCGCUUGAUGUCGCGACUGCGAGUGGCUGUACUGGGAUUUUGGAGUUGUUUAGGAGG